UGAUCCAUCAUAUAAAACAGCUGAAUCGAUACUAAACAAUGAGAAUCAUGGUUCUUUACGACAAGCAUUACUCCAGUAUGACCCAUCACCUCAGUAUGAACCUGAAGCAGGUUCUUCAUCAUUUUAG